AUGAAUGCCACUCGCGUUCGACAUUUGGAGAAUGCACUCAAUCUUUUCGACAAGACGCGCAAGACCGAGGCGCCUGCUCUUCCGCUGGACCUCUUCUUACGGCGGUACUUCCAGGCACACAAGUUCUUGGACGAGAAAGACCGUGCGUGGAUUGCAGACAAGACCUAUGAGAUGCAUAGGUGGCGAGGCCUGAUCGACCAUUUGACCCCACAACCGCACAACUGGGCGGGUAUUCACAUGUGGACAGUUGGAUCAUCGAGCCUCAAGUUCAAGUGGUGCUCCACGCAAGCUGUUUCUGAAGGCAGGCCGAGCAUGAACAAAAGACGGGUUCAUUCAAAAUUCGCGGUGCCAUCCAUGCGAUCGGACUACAUCGUGACGCAAUCAAGUGGCAACCAUGCCCAGGCGAUAGCCCUGGGCAGCAAGCUUUUGGGGAAGAAGGCCAUCGUGGUCAUGCCAGAGGACUCCCCCAACGUCAAAGUCAGCGCAGUGCGAGACACCUACGGCGCAGAGGUCAGGUUUUGCAGGCCCACGCAAGAGGCACGUGAGGCCAUGUCAGCUGAAACUGUGGCUGACCUUCGUCAGCAGCAUGGUGCAGACAAGGCUGAAGAGAUUCACCCAAACCAGGACAUCCGCGUGGUGAAUGGCCAGGGCUCUGUUGCUUUGGAGCUGCUGGAGCAGCAGCCCGACCUGGAUGCCAUCGUGGUGUCUAUCGGGGGCGGCGGCCUGAUCUCCGGAAUCGCCACAUACGUCAAAAGCGUUAAUAAAGCCAUCAAAGUGAUUGGUGCAGAGCCCGAGCGCGCCAGAAGCGCUUUCAUGUCGAAGCAGGCUGGCAAGCUGGUGAAGAAUCCCCCAAACACCGUCAUUGACACCAUUGCCGAUUCUGUCAAGAGCAGCCUCGGUCCAACGACGUACCCCGUCGUCCAGGAUUUGGUGGACGAUGUCUUUACCGCCACCGAACAGGAGAUCGAGGAUGCUACCAAGUUCACGUUGGAGAGAGCUAAGCAGGUCAUCGAGCCGGGCUGUGGUGUGGCGGUUGCCGUGGCAACAUCCAAGCAGCUCUAUGAUCGGUAUCCUGAGCUCCAGAAGAUUGGGGUCGUGCUGUGUGGUGGCAACGUUGACUUGGACAACCUGCCCUGGCGGAAGUGA